AUGAAUAUCUUCAAGAUUUUAUUGGUAUAUACAGUGUUUUCCUACAUUGGAGCAGAAAUUCAGAUAUUAAUUAACCCUGUGAAUUUGCCUGAAAACAUGGCCCCUGGAACACAACUCAGUCGGGCUUAUGAUAAAGAUGUGGCAGGAAAAGCAGAUGCAUAUCGCUUUCUGAAUAAAACAAAGGAUUUUGUCAUUGAUGCAAGUUCUGGUGUAAUCACUUCUACCAAAAUUUUUAAUUACGAAACUGAUCCAAUAAGGUUUCUAUUUAUAGUUGAUACUGGAGGACUCAUGAGACGUGUUCUGAUUAUUAAUAUCAUUGAUGUUCCUGAACCUCCAAACUGUACUGCUGAUCCACAGUUUUCUUCAGGCACAGCUACCUUGGAAAUUGCUGAAGACUAUCCAUUAUUUCAAUCAAUUUAUAGAGUGAUUGCCACAGAUGAGGACUCUGCAAAUGGUGAUCAGCUGAUGUACACCAUUGAGACACAGUUAUCUGGACCAAAGGAAGGAGCAAAUUCUUUUGGAAUGGAUCCUAUAAGUGGUGUUGUUAGCUUGAAAGGUGGAGACCCCCUGGACUUUGAAGCUGGAUAUCAUGUUUUCCAGCUUGCCCUGAGAGCAACAGAUAAAACAGGUCUGUUCUGCCAAGGGACACUAAUUAUCAAGAUUAUAGACAUAAAUGACGAGAAGCCUCAAUUUGAGCCAUUUCCUCUGGAUUCUAUUAAUGUGACUGAAAAGAAACCUGUAGGAGAAAUUAUAGCAAGAGUAAAAGCAACAGAUCGAGAUGAAGAUAACAGCAUCACUUAUUCCUUUAAAACUCAGCAGGAAAUGUUUGGUUUGGACCCUCUUAAAGGUAUAAUCACUCUUCUCCAGCCUUUGAAUCUUGACAACCCAAAUAACUCCAAAACCUACCCUUUGGAAAUUGAGGCCAGAGAUAACGGAAAUAAUACCAACACUUACAUGUUUACAGUUUUUGUGGAGAACAUAGAUGAUCCUAUUUCCUGUGACUCAAGUUUUUCAACAGGAGCAGGUGUUUCAGUGUCUGUUCCUGAAAAUAUUCCUGCAUCUGCUUUUAUAUAUAUGAUUCUUUCAAGGGACCCAGAUAUAGGACAAGAAGUUGAACAUUUCCAGUUUGUAAUUGCUGUUAGUAAUAAGGAGAACCUCCCUGUGGAGUCAUGUAUUGGCACCAUCACUAUAAACAUCCAGAAUGUUAAUGAUGAGAGUCCUGUUCUUAAAUACAUACCAGAUGCACCUAUAAAUAUUUAUGAAAAUCUGCCUGUUGGAACAAUGCUGGUCAAGUUGACAGCAACUGAUAGAGACAUAGGGGACUCAGUACACUAUGAAUUUAUAGGUACACAAAAAGAAUUUUCUAUAAAUGAAGAUUCAGGAGAGAUCACAAUUGCCUAUCCUUUGGAUUAUGAGGAUGUAGCCACCCCAAAGUCUUGGGUAUUAUAUAUUAGAGCUUAUGACAACAAACGGAUGCAUUCAACAACUGGGUCACUCACAGUGAUACUACAAGAUGUGAAUGACAAUCCACCUCAGUGCUCACAGGAUAUUUACACAAUUGAACUUCCUGAAAACAUCCCAUCUGAAACUCUAUUAGUCUCUCUAACAUGCACAGAUAAGGAUGCAACUCUUCCUAAUAACAACAUAGCUUAUCAUUUGAUUAUGGAUACUUUUUCAAAUAAAACCUUUACUCUCACUAACAAUGAACUGAGGAUUGGAUCUACACAUUUAGAUUUUGAUAAUGCUAUUUUUGCAGGAAUGCACUUCAAAUAUACAUUGUUUGUGAGGGUUUCUGAUGAAGGAAGUCCUGCACUCUCAACUAUUCUUACAAUCAUUGUAAGGGUGAGUCGCAUAAAUGAACUGAAUCCAGUUGGAACUACAUCGGUUACCUUCAGUAUAUUUGAAAAUAGUCCAGUUGAUGCACUAGUUGGAAAAAUUACAUUUACAGAUGCAGACUGGCCAUUUAACAACUUAAAAUAUACCAUUGUUGGAGGCAAUGUGGGAACUCCUCCCAAAUUUUACAUUGAACCAGAUACAGGCAUGAUAAAGCUACUAGAUUCACUAGACAGGGAAGUGGAAUCACAGUAUAAGAUAACCGUGAGGAUUGUAGACUUGGACAACGAUGCCAUUCCUGACCCCUUCAGACAAAGAAGGGCUACUGCUCAGGUGACCAUCAAUGUUCUGAAUAUAAAUGAUGAGCCUCCUGUAUGCAAUCCACCACAUUUGGAAACUCGGAUUUACUCCAUUGUUAAGGCUCCUUUUGUUCACCUCAACUGUUCAGACAAAGAUUCUCCAAAGGAACAUCUGAGCUAUUCGAUUGUAGGAGGAAAUACAAAUAAUCAGUUCACACUUCGGAGACUGGGUGUUGAUCCUCCUUCUCUGGUCAUCAGGCAGAAUUUCCAGUAUGAUGUAUUUCAAGGGAUUCAAGACCCAGUGACUUUCCAGUUGUUUAUUGAAGUCACUGAUGAAUUAGGUGGGAAUAAAGCUCGUCAGCUGUCAGCUACUACCACAGUCAUAAUUCAUGUGCUUCCCUGGACCACAGCACAGCCAACUUCUUCCACAAAAACAUCUACAACUACAAUUACUACUUCUGUCUUGAAGAAGAUUUCAUAUUACUGGAGCCCUGAUAACUGGUUUCCUGCAGUAUUAACUCUAACAGGAGCUCUUUUUAUGGCGUGCCUCUAUGCUGGUGCAUGGUGCCUCUUCAAAGAUGUUCCUGCCUGUUCAAGAUUAUUUCCUCAUUGUCACAAACAUCAGCAGCAUCAACCAAGUCUCACUGCCAAGGAUCCAGGGCAGGUACCAAGGCAUGGAAACUCUUUGAGUAGUGUUCCCAAACCAAACUCAAAACCAAACUUGCUGCCUGGAAAUCAUCAGGAUGAAAAAAGCCACUCCACUGUUGUUACUCCUGCCAACAUGGUCCUACUUCUUGGUGCUGCUGCUGCUGAAGCAGGAUGGAAGUUUAUUGAAGGCCUGACAGAAUGCCCUGGGCACUCAGAGGACUUGUGA